AUGAUGCGCAACGACUGCCUGGCGGUGCUGCGCGAGAUGUGCUUCGCGUCCGCGUGCUUCUCCGAGGGGCUGUCCGUGCAGCGCCAGUUCCUCAUCCGCCUCUUCGCGCUCAUGGAGAAUAAAAUCACCUUCGACUACGCCGUCGCGCUAGCGGAGGAGAUCCUGGCGGUGGGGGAGGAGACGCUGAAUCUGGGGUCCGUGCCCAACUUCGCGCGGCUGGUGCGCGGGCUGUCGUCGCGGCAGCUCUCCUUCUUCUGCCGCGUGCUCGCCAUGGUGGUCUUCGAACCCGAGGACCGCGCGCCCGAGGUGUCCGCGCUGCAGAAGGGCGCGGACCCGGCGGAGCGCGCGGAGAGGGAGGCGGAGUGGGCGGUGGCGGACGGCAACCACGACGUGCUGCUGGCCAUCCCCGACAUCCUCGCCAACCUCGUCAAGCUCCUGCAGAUGGAGAGCAGCGGCGAGGCGGACCUGUGGUCGCCCAGCCUGAGCGAGUGGCAGCCGCUGCUGGGCGACCUGAUGGCUGGCGAGGACGAGACCGCGGCCGACUGGGGGCCUGAAGAGGAUGACGAGGAGGACUAUAACGAGGACGGGGAGGAGUACGAGGAGGAGGAGGAGCAGGAGGAGGAGGAGGAGGAGGAGGAGUUGUUGGAGGUGGAGGAGGAGGUUGAUAUGGAGGGCGGAGGGGGAGGAGCAGCGCGGGAGGGAAGAGGGGGGGCAGGGGAAGGAGGAGAGGAGCAGGAGCCUGGUCCCGAUAGCGGUGGUGGUGCUGUGGCUGUUGGUCAAAGACGAACUGGUGCUGCUGCGCCUGCAGCAGGAGUGGCGCCACGCGAAGCAGCAGAUACCACCCGAGGGCCCUUCUCCCCGCGUUCGCCGCCUGUUGCCGCUCCUCCCCCCCGCAUGCCGCCGCUCCUCCCCCCUUCGCCCCAUGCUGCCGUCCUGCCCUUCUCCCCCCAUCCCACCAUGCUUACAGGAACCUCCACCUCCCCUCCUCGACCACCCCCUAACCGCACUCCACCCACUGCUACCCAACCGGGAGCGCUUCCCCAAGUGAAUACGAUAGGCAUUCCAAUGACCGCGAAUCCCCUGAACCUGCUCCCACUCACCGCGCCUGCCAACCCCGCCGCCGCAACCGCCGCGGAGGCAGCAGGCGCGGGCAUCCCCGCGGGCGCGCGGGUGAUGGUGUUCGUGGGGAACCCGCCGCGCCUGCUGGGGGAGGUGCCCGAGGGCGAGCUGGAGCCCUUCCUGCGCGCGCUGCCGCAGGGCGCCGUUACUGUUCUCAGGGCUGGCGAAAUCGGGUUACCAGAGGGCGCGGGGCCUGCUGCUGUGGCGACGAACAUGGCUGCUUCGUUCAUGGAGCAACAGCAGGUGGAGGUGUUGUUUGUGCUGUGUGCGCUGUGUGGCGGCAAGCGCAAGGAGGCGGUGCAGGACCAGCUGGCGGGGCUGGGGCUGGUGGCCAUCCUCGUUGACUCGUUUGACCGCCUCAACUGGUCUGCGCCUCUGCCGCCGCCCGCUGAGCCACAUGGCAUCCACGGGCCUGGCUGCUCCUGCAACCCUGAGUCGGCCCUCAAGAUCCAGUACCUGCGUCUGAUCCACAACUUCUGCGAUCGAGACGGCCCCAACCUGCACAACAAGCUGCUCCUCGCCUCGCCCGGUGGGGUACCACCGCCCCUCGCUGCUGCUGCUGGUACACCAACCCUGAUUGCUGCCUCGGGUAUCGCUGCAAGUGCAAGCACCCCUGGAAGCACGACUGCUGGUGGUGGUGCUGGUGGUGGGGCGACCAUCAGUGGUGGCAGCAGCAGCUCCAGCGGCAGCAGUGGGGGCGUGGGUGGGAGGGUGCAGGCAAGCACACAGGGAGAGGGAAACGGAGACGGGCAGGGACAAGGAGAGGGAGAGGGGGAGGAGCAAGGGUAUGCGCUGGGGUUUGGGGCAAGCUUGGGGCGGGCGCUAGGGUUCUCACCGAACCAAUGGCUGCCUGGCUUGGGUAUGAGAGAUGGCGCAGGUGACUCUGGUGUGUUGUCUCAGGCCGUGGGAGUGGGCUCAAGCAGAGCAGAGGGAAGCAGUGCAAUAGCAGCAGGAGGAGGAACAGAAGCAGCAGCAGCAGCGGGAGCAGGUGGGGUGGUGGAGGGAGGAGGCGGUGAGGAGGCGAAGAACGAGGCGCUGAUGUUGAAGAUAAUCCGAGUGCUCAUGAAGGAAUCAGCCGACUCCGUGUACCGCUUCUGGCUCGCAUCUUGUGUCGAGGCCUUCCUCCGAGGCUCCAACCCGCGCGACCAGCAGCUCGUGGCGGCCACAGGCCUCAUGGAGCACCUAGUGGAGGAGAUUCUCCGAGGGGCAUCGGGCUUUAAGUGUGCGGCGUCGCUACAGAUCGACUUUGACCUGCUGGGCGAGCUGGUGAAGUUCAACCCGGUGCUGUUCCGGCGGCUUGCAGUGCUGGUGAAGGGGGAGCGGUUCAGCCGGUUCAUCGAGGGGUCAGUGGAAGAGGAGGAGGAGGAGCUGGCGUCACCCCUGGCAGCGUUCAUGGAGUGCAACUCGGUGCUGCUGCUGCGCGACCUCAUGCUCGUCGUGCGCCUAGGAGACAUCAACCAGGACAACAUCUGUGUGCUCAACACGGCGCUCAUCUUCUUCAUCUUCGCCAAUCGCAACACGCAGCUCCUCUCUCUUCUCGCCGCCCUCCGGGCCGCCGACAAGGCCCAACCUGCAUCCCUUGCUGCUUCCACCACCCUCCUCCAACCCUCCGCCCCUUCCUCUCCUGCUUCCCCAUCCUCCCCUUCCUCCUCCUCACCCUCGUCCUCGCCCUCCUCACGCUCUCCCUCUUUCCUCUCCAAGCCCCCGUCUUCUGCUCUCCUCAACCCAUCUUUGCUGCCUGAGCCGCUUUCUUCCACGUCUGAAGACUCGUCCUCUGGAGUGGGCCCGGGCAGCGUGAUGAAAAACUUUCGGGUGCUGCUGGACUUUUGGCGGGAGUACUACUUGAGGAAGAGGGGCAGGGACUGUGCCAGCCUGCAGUUCUCCACCAACAUUCCCUUCACCGAGUGGCUCCGAGUCGUUGAAAUGCUUUGUGCGCCGCCGGACUGCCCGACCUCGCUUUUGUACUGCUCGCCGCUGCCAGCUAGUGGCUCGCAGUGCUCUUCUGUUGGGCUCAGGGUUGACCCCCCUCCCAGACGGUGCUGA